AUGGCAGAGUACUGGAAAUCAACGCCCAAAUACUGGUGCAAGCACUGCAGUGUCUAUGUCAAAGAUACUCCGUUUGAACGCAGACAACAUGAAGCGACGGCGAGACACGAGAAUAAUUUGAAACGGUUUCUCAGAGAUAUUCAGAACAGUCAUGAGAAGGGCGAGCGGGAGAAAGAGCGAGCGAAGUCUGAAGUCGAGAGGUUAGCCAAAAUUGGUGGUGGCAGCGUACAGCAAGCGUUGUCGGCAUCUGGUGGCACCGUCGCCAAACCUUCAUCAGCCGCUUUAGGGAGGAAACAAGGGGCAGCACUCACAGCCGCUGACCAGAAAAGACAAUGGGCUCAACUGGCUGAAAUGGGCAUCCAAGUACCGGAGCAUUUCCGGGCGGAAAUGGCCAUGGCCGGAGACUGGACAGUAGUGUCCCAACAGUCGGUCACCGGGUCACAAUCAGAAGAGAAACCCCUAAGUACUGGGGUAAAAAAGCGCAAGUUUGAAGGCCAAGAAGAAGAGGAAGAUGCUGGGGAAACUGUGGCCCGGCGUGGUUGGGGUUCAACCACUCGAGGAUAUCCGGGGAGAGAUACAACCGACAUUGAUGAUUUACUGUCAGGGACGAUACCUCUCAAGAAGGAACGGGCUGUUUCGCCGACAUUGGAAGAGAAGCAGCUAAAAGCCGAGGAUCAGUUGAACAGAGAAGACAAGACUGCAUUUAGCCAGGAUUUGGACAGCAAGGAUGCAUCGACCAAACUAGAAGAUCUGAACGAGACCGACGGAACAUCUAAGGGCGCUCCACUCAAGAAGGAGGACAGCAACGAGCUGAUCGAUCGCUCAAUCAGCAAGAUUCCAGAGGAAACCCCGAUCCCAGUUUUCAAAAAGAAGCGUAAAGCUAAAGCGUCCUGA